AUGAGCAACCAAACCAUGAACAAAAAGUCCUGGGAGUCUCUUUCCUCGACAUUCUCUGGCCUCGAAAUCUCUCUCUCUCAGGACAGCUGUUAUGCGUCUGAUGAGGUUUCAGUCACAUCGACUAACCCGACCACCGUUACUUCGUCGGUGGUCUCGUCUGUAACACCCACGACGGCGACGACAGAUCGUCCGUACUUGAAGCCGAUCUUAAAGAGACGGUAUGCUGAAAUCGAGGAUGAUGAAGAAUCCGAGUCCGGCUAUGCAUCCGGUGCAUCGGAACAAGAGUUUGAGUUUUUAUCCGAAGAUGAUUCCGACUCCGACUCCGAUUCGGAUUCGGAUGAUGAUGAAGUGUACUACGUCACAUGCUGGGAAGAUGAAUCGGACUCUAUGUCCGAAUACAGCGAAGAUGAUGACAAUGACUAUGAUUAUGACGACGACUCGGCCGAUGGCUCGUUUAUUUCAUUCGGGUCGAACAACGUUAGGUUUGAUACCAACGUGUUCUAUAUUGAAGCGCCAGAAGUCCAAGAAGACGAUGCACCUUGUCCUGAAUUGACCUGCCAUGAGCUAAUGGAGAUGGCAAGGGCAUCUGGCAGCCUCCAUAUACAGGAGGAAAAUGAUAUCGGUGACGAUUUCGAUGACUCCGAACAUGGCAGUAUCAGUGACUCAAUCAAGCAGCUGCCUGAAGAACAUCCCAGCGAUGUUGUGGACCUAGACAAGCGGCUGUUCAUCGCCUAUAUGAAUGGCAUCAAUGGGAUCGCUAAUCCCGGCUACAAGUCCCGUCUUCACGCGCGGGUUGGCGACAUAAAGAUGGGCCGUGUGAAAUCACCGUACCUGGAAGCAGAUAAUGCCGAUGGGGUUUAUCUCGACCAUGCCCUCAAUCAUGUGAUUGGAACAUUUCCCAACCUCGUUGCCAAGCAGGAGUUUGAUGAACUUCUAAGCCUUAGCGAAGAAAAGGGGGCGCUGGAGCAGCCGACCGAGACCCGUGAGAGUCUUAACCUGAGUUUAUUGAAGAAGAUUGAGGGCCUUCUCUCCGAAAGAUUGGCCAGUGAUGUCAAGAUCGGACAUGAUGAACUGAGCUUUUUUGCUGGUGGGGUUGCAUAUGCCCUCGAAAACUGGAAACCCUAUAUGGUCCAUUGA